AUUCUCCCGGCCACACCCACGACCAUGGAAUCCUCUCUCUCUUGCUGCUGCCCACACCCAGCUAGCUGCCUAUAAGUAGCGCCCAUUCUCACACUCCUCCUCAUCUCAUCUCAGCACACACUAACACAGCCGGCCUGCAAGCUUAGCUUAGCUAGCUCUCAGUUAACUUGUGAUCAAUGGCGCAGCAGGCAAGGGCGCAGUGGCCGCAGAAGCAGAACAAGCUGUUCGAGCAGGCGCUGGCGGUGUACGACAAGGAGACGCCCGACCGGUGGCACAACAUCGCCCGCGCCGUCGGCGGCGGCAAGUCGGCGGAGGACGUCAAGCGCUACUACGAGAUGCUGGAGGAGGACAUCAAGCACAUCGAGUCCGGCAAGGUCCCCUUCCCCGCCUACCGCUGCCCCGCCGCCGCCGGCUACCAGGCCGAAAGGUUGAAGCAUUUGAAGAUCUAGGUGUGUGGAUGUAUUGAUUGAAGAAUCGCGCGCGGAUAGCAUGAUGAUGUGUACGACUAUUGACGAUGCGUGGUGUGGUUCACGUAGACGCAAGGAUGCAUAUGGCGAUAUCUGCAGAUGCAUAUGCAUGUUAAUAACUAGGAGAAGGAGCAGUUUAAUUAUCACGCGGUCGAUAUCGAUCGAUCGAUCUCUCAACCAUGUGCAUGUCUAGCUAUCACUCUUACCUUAUUUCUACGUGUAUAGCAUGAGUACAAAGUAUAUCUAUCUAUCUGAACCAUGUAUAAGUCUGUAACAUAUAUAUAUAUAUAUCUACCUGAACUGGAUAUAUUAAUUAGUACACAUAUGAAUCUCGAUUUCUA